UUCCUUAACCACUCUACCGCGUAAAAGAAAAGAAAGUUGUCUUCGCGGCCGAGCGAUCAAACCACCACGAAGAAGCAAUCUCUUCCUCAAUCCAACCAUAAAAACGCAGCGACGACGCGCGUUUUAUAUCGGAUCGGAUCAUCCCAGACUCCACUAAUUCGUUUUCAGUCAGUUUUCUUAGUAUCGAUCGAACAUGAGUUUCCUCUUUGGCAAGAGAAAAACUCCCGCAGAGCUUCUGCGGGAGAAUAAGAGGAUGCUGGACAAAUCUAUUAGAGAGAUAGAGAGGGAAAGGCAAGGUCUGCAGACACAAGAGAAGAAACUGAUUGCAGAGAUAAAGAAAAGUGCAAAGCAAGGGCAGAUGGGAGCUGUAAAGGUGAUGGCAAAGGACCUUAUCCGAACACGACAUCAGAUUGAAAAGUUUUAUAAGCUUAAAUCACAGCUCCAGGGUGUAUCUCUUAGAAUUCAAACACUGAAAUCAACACAAGCAAUGGGUGAGGCAAUGAAAGGUGUGACAAAGGCAAUGGGCCAGAUGAACAGGCAGAUGAACUUGCCAUCCUUGCAGAAGAUUAUGCAAGAAUUUGAGAGACAGAAUGAGAAGAUGGAGAUGGUGACCGAGGUGAUGGGUGAUGCAAUUGAUGAUGCUUUGGAAGGGGAUGAGGAAGAGGAGGAAACAGAAGAACUUGUAAACCAGGUUCUGGAUGAGAUUGGAAUUGACAUCAAUCAGGAGCUUGUUGCGGCACCAUCAGCUGCUGUUGCUGCACCAGCUGCAAAGGGUAAGGUUGCACAGGCAGAAACAACUGGGAAUGAUGACAGUGGAAUAGAUAGUGAAUUACAGGCAAGGUUAGAUAAUUUGAGAAGGAUGUAGUAAGUAUGCCUAGCUACUUCUGUAUAAUAUAGACAUCACCUCUAUGUUUUAUGUGAAAGUGCAUUUGGAUUGUAACAUUUUGGAAACUAUGCCAGAGUUUAUUGAUUCAGGAUUUGGAAAUACGUGGAAAUUAUAAUAAAUUACUUUAUGUAAAUUUAAUCA